AUGACGUCCGACGACACCGGUGGAACUGGUGGGACACCAACCAGCCCCAUCAGACGUAUGAUGUCGUUAGAACCAACCACCACCCCGAUUCUCACACUUCUCAUUAGUGAAGCGUCACAAAAGGGCAGCUCAACGGUAACCACCGCUCCAACAACCAAGUCACAUAGAUCGGCCGUCGAAGGACUAACUUCCUCCACCGUUGUAACAAUACAAAGCGCUCUAAUGCAAACACCACAACUAACAGUGAUAUCAAAUAGUACAGCACCGCCAACGGUGGAAAACGUCAGUGUCACAUCGACUUUAUCGCAACCACCACCGCUAUACCAGAUGGUAGGAAAACAACCGAUGAUUUUCGAAACACCGCCGCUAAACCAGAUGGUGAGAAAUCAAACAAUGGCUUUCCAAACACCGCUGCUAAAAUAG